ACCUAAUUCAAAAUGGCCGCCUACAAUCCGGCGGUGCUUUUAAUAAUUGUUUUUCAGACAGUAUUUUAAACUACAUCCCACUGAUUUGAAUUUGAAUGGUUAUAGCUCAGACUUCUUAAGUUUAAAGAAAAUUGUCUUGCAAUAAGGUAACAUUUAAUACAAUUUUUGUUUAGUGUAUACUUUAAUCCAAAAAUAAAUAAUUUAAGGCUUGACUUAGACGUAUAUUUAUAUGUAGUGCCUACUUACUACUACUUUAAGUUAAUAAGUAACUUUAGGUACUUCGGUAAGUCAAGGGAGACUACUACUUUUUGUGUAUGGGAUUUCGCAAUCGGCGCCAAAAAAUCCGAGUUUUUAAUUUUCCGAUGUGUGUGUCUAUUUAUUAUUAAAUUAGUACUUUCGAUAUGUAUUUGAGUUCCGUUUUCGGCCUUAUAAUUAGGUAGACAUCUUGGCCUACAUUUUAAUCAAUUUCUUUUUCAUUUACAAUCAGUCAGCUUUGAGAAAAUCCUUGGUAAAUAUAAGGCAACUUUCAUCAUUAAAAUUAAGUCGAAGGAAAAAAUUUGUCACUACCAAAUUUUUUUUGCAUCUGGGGAAUCUAUUGAUCUACAUGUAUGCCAAUUUUCACAGCGAUAAGUGUCUUACGAGUGACGCUAUGUUUCGGCGCGUUCGCAGCAGGUCAUGCAGCUCGCUCAACCUAAUUUCGUCAUGGGGUGGGCCACGCCCCCUUUGUAAUGGCGGAAGUUGCCGAUACUUAGGAAAUAUUAAUUUAUUACCACUAUCUACAUCAAAAUAAUUGAUAACUUGUGUUUCAGAAUGCAUUUUGAAGACAUUUAAACUGGAAUGUUUUAAUUUGAGCUUUAACAACCCGGUAGAAUCCAUAUUAUAAAUGAUCAGAAUUUACCGUGUGCAACACGUUGUCAUUGGCAACCAUUCACAGCCACUUGCAUAACGGCUGUAUCGUAGUACUACCUCAGAGUUUCAUUCAUAAGAGUUUGCCGUGUGCAAAAACUACUAUACCAUUGGUCAGGGAAAGCUUUAAUUAAUUAUUCAUGUGCCAAAGUUGAAAGUUUAAACUAAGUCGACCCUAAACAGUAUUUUAGUGAUAAGGCGAUGCGUUGCCUUAUAUAAAGUAUAUAGUCAUUGCGCAUGACGCGAUCAGCGGAAUGAGGUCACAAGAUGUGGAGGUUUCGUCCAUAGUAAAAAAUACCAAACGAACUCACACUUUAAAAAUUCAUAGCUCAAAAAGUACUUAAGCUAAAAAGUUGAUUCUGGUUUCAUUUUUUUAUUUGAAAUUAGCUCUAACUAACUGUGCUAUUAAAAAAAUUAUUUGAAUUUUUUAAAAUUUUGUAUCCAAGUGCCUAGUAACUUUAUUCAAGGUACUUUAUUAUAAAAAAAAAAAAAAAAAUUGAAUUAAUUUUUUGGGUAAUUUACCACUUGAGCGUCGGCCAAGAAAAAUCAAGCUGUUCCGGUUGGAAAGGCUAUUUAAACAACUAUUCUUAUACUUAUAUUAUUUUUAAUGACAUUGGUCAUUGGUUGUACUUAUUCAUUUCCAUAAUAAUAGACAAUUUUUUUUUUUUUAAUAGAAAAACUAUAACAAUUUUUUUGAAAUAGAAGAUAAUGUGUGAAUAUGGAAUUAUGCAUAGUUCUCCCCCAAGUUGACAAUGAAGUUUUAAAAAAUACAAUUUCUACGAAAUUGGUUGUGGUACAUGAAUCCACGUAAAUAUGAAGGGGAAAUAUCACCGGCGCUUCUUGUGCCAAACUGUCUUUUCAGUUUACGCUUUCUGAGUAUUCACGUUUUCCACAUUCUGUGUGUGGACAACCGCGUCAUCUGGAUCCAAAAAAAAGUAAUAAUUGUUGUCUCCUUUUCUUCCUGGCAUAUCGGUAGCUUGGCAGUAAUAAUUAUUUAAAUGUAUAAGUAUUGUGCCAUAUAACUUUAUAGCCUAUACGAAAGCAAAAAUAUUAACAGACUCCAAUGUAAGAAUAGUUGUUUAAAUAGCCCUUCCAACCGGAACAGCUGGAUUUUUUCUUUGCCGACGCUCAAGUGGUAAAUUACCAUUUAUUUAAUAAUACAGUUAGUUAGAGCAAAUUUCAAAUAAAAAAAAUGAAAACAGAAUCAACUUUUUAGCUUAAGUACUUUUUGAGCUAUGAAUUUUAAAAGUUAAAAAUGUGAGUUCGUUUGGUAUUUUUUACUAUGGACGAAACCUCCACAUCUUGUGACUUCAUUCCGCUGAUCGCGUCAUGCGCAAUGACUAUAUACUUUAUAUAAAGCAACGCAUCGCCUUAUCACUAAAAUACUGUAUAGGGUCGACUUAGUUUAAACUUUCAAGUUUGGCACAUGAAUAAUUAAUUAAAGCUUUCCUUGACCAAUCAAUGGUUUAAUAGUUUUUGCACACGGCAAACUCUUAUGAAUGAAACUCUGAGGUAGUACUACGAUACAGCCAUUAUGCAAGUGGCUGUGAAUGGUUGCCAAUGACAACGUGUUGCACAUAGUAAAUUCUGAUCAUUUAUAAUAUGGACUCUACCGGGUUGUUAAAGCUCAAAUUAAAACAUUCCAGUUUAAAUGUCUUCAAAAUGCAUUCUGAAACACAAGUUAUCAAAUAUUUUGAUGUAAAUAGUGGUAAUAAAUUAAUAUUUCCUAAGUAUCGGCAACCUCCGCUAUUAAAAAGGGGGCGUGGCCCACCCCAUGGCGAAAUCAGGUUGAGCGAACUGCAUGAUCUGCUGCGAACCUGUAGAAACAUGGUGUCUCUCGUAAAACACAUAUCGCUGUGAAAAUUGGCGUACAUGUAGAUCAAUACAUUCCCCAGAUGCAAAAAAAAUUUGGUAGUGACAAGUCUUUUACUUCGACUUAAUUUUAAUGAUGAAAGUUGCCCUAUAUUUACCAAGGAUUUUCUCAAAGCUGACCGAUUGUAAAUGAAAGAGAAAUUGAUUAAAAUAUAGGCCAAGAUGUCCUCUAAAUCGAAAGGCGAAGAGGAACACAAUUCUGGGAUAUAGUAAUUAUUUUAUGAAUGAAAUAGUUCCACUAUCAAAAAAUUAAAAACUCAGAUUUUCGCGCUCCGACGCCUAUAUCCCCAUACAAAUUUUUAGUAGUCUCCCUUGCUUCAUCCAGGUACCUACUUUAUUUGCAUUUAUCAUUGUACAUUAUUAAUUGGCACUAACUGUGUAACGGUACAAGACAUCCCAUACUCUGUAAGUUGAUGAUUUCUUUUUUUUGUAAUUAUAUUAAUACUAAAAUAAUUCUUAUUAAUUGUAAUAGUACCGGUACUGUAUUGAGUGUUGUAUUUUUACUAUUGUUUUUCUCUAUGGUAUCGUCCUUUGUUAUGCACUGUUUGAAGGAGCCAUAAAAUUAAAAUAAGAGAUUAAUUUCUCACGAUAGAAGGCAGUGCGUAACAAAAUAUAUAAAAAAUACCUAUAUACCGCAAAAGAGCAAAAAAAUACAGAAUUAUAUAUAUACAAGUAAAACAUCUGUGAUACAGUGGGACCACGAAAAUCAGCCCGUGAUAGACAAGGAAUCACUGUGAAUAGUUGAUUAUAGUUAAUAGGGCCAACUUUAAGUCUCGAUCAGAAUUGAAUACAAAUUAAUUAUAUCAGACGUUAGGGCCCUAAUCAUUACUCAUAUUAGCCUAGGUACUUGAGUAAAGUAAAAAUGGAACUCAAGAUAUUAAAAAUAUAAAUAGUACCGGUUGUACUGUAGGUUAUAGUCAUAGCACUGAUUAAUAAUGGCCUUGUUAAACUAACUUUAAAUUUUUUUAAAAUGAAAUCAAAAUCAACUUUCUAGACCAAUUUUAAUACAUAAUAGUCCUUUUAUGAAUGAAAUACCACAACCAUCACAUAGAAAUGUUUUUUAAAAAACUCAUAUUUUUCUGUGCCCACUCCCAUUUCAGAGACAAAUUUAUACAAUUUUGAGUAGUCUCCCUUGCUUUACCGAAGUAGAUAAUAAUUGAAGAAGGACUGCAACGUUUACAUCUUAUUCAACAUGCCUUGUUUUACUAUUUCAUUUACCAAAGUACCCAUUUAAUAUAUAAUAUAUAGAUGAGUUCAGUAUGAGACCAAUCAUCACCAGUGUUUUCAGUUUUACUGAUUAGGAUUUAUUAUUAGAAUACUUAGUUUUGCUAGUUGCUGUUGCAUUAAUUUAAAAGGCCAUGGUGCAUUUUAUUCAGAGUUUUUAAAAAAUGUUAUUACAUUUUUUAUUCAAAUAAUUUCCAGGUCUGCAGAUUGACUCAUCUUUAUUUUUGUCAGACAUCCAAUUGGUACAAAAAUGAAUACAGACUCUGAAGGAUUCACUGACCUGCUUCAACAAGCAGAGCAGUUGACCGCUGAUAUGGAUUCAGGAACAGAUCUUCCUCAUGUUGAAAGAAAUCUUCAACAAAUCCUAGAAGCAGGCCAGCGCCUCUUGUCCCGGACAACACCAGCCAGUCAGGACAGCACUGAUGUCCAAGCGUAUGUACCAGUCUUGGAUUGGUUAAAAUUAAAUGAUAGAUUGUUAUUAUUUUUAAUCCACCAGCUGCGGCUACUUCUUUCGAUUUUAAAUCUAUUUACAAGGAAAGGGUUUAAUAGCAAAUUUUUUUAUUGCUUUCUGUAAUUCCCUGAACUACAUAUUCUAUUCAUUCCAUUAUCCAUAGGUCUAUCCUGCUAGGAAGCAAAGGAUUUGUUUUACCUAAGAUUUCAGAACGUUUAGAAGGUUUGAGGGCAGCCACAACUUUUGAACCACUAGAGCCAGUGAGAGAGACAGAUAUAGAGGUAAAUUGUAUUAUUUUUGUUAAACUGGCCCCCAAUUUGUACCAUUUGUUUCUAGCAUACCAUUUCAGUUUUUUUAAAAUUAAAAAUGUCUUGUUCAAUAUGAGUAGCUAUUAAAAAUACAAUAAUUGUGUUCUUUUUUAAGUUAAGUUCUAAAAAUAACUAAUUUAUUUGUUAUAGGGCUUUUUGAGGAAUGAACGAGAGAAUGCCUUAUUAGCAGUCAUUGAACAAACAAGAAAAAAUGUACGUAUAUUAUUUAAAUCAAGAAAGAAUCCAUUUAACAUGAAUGUCCAAAAUACUGAAUUUAAGUAUAUCACCCAGUGUAAACAAUAAGAAGGGUGGCCUGUUGGAUACUGAAAAGCAAUUAUUUAAUUAUUUUUAAUUAGUCUAGUGUUUAAAUAUAUUUUAUUGCAGUUUUAUGUUGCAGAAAUGUUUUAUUUAAUUUUUUUUCUGAGAGUUAUGUUUGUAUUUAUGUCCAUAGUAUUUUUUCUCUUUAUUUACUCCAGACUUUUGAAGAGGUAGACAAGAGACAUUGGGAAUGUAUGGAGAAUGAGUGGGAGAGAGAGAAACAAAAGAUUCUCAACUCCCUUCUAGGCUCAAGUCAGGAGCCAUUUGAGUUGCAACAAGAUCCUGAGGUACAAGAAUGUGCUUUGUUAAAUUUAGUCAUGUAACAUACUUUUAAUGUUUCAUUUUAACAUUGGUCAGUGUGUUUUUAUUCUCUUAUUAUUACUUUCCUGCUUUCAAAAUGUAAAAUAAUAAUAAUAAAGUUUAUUUGAAAAUAACACUUCAUCCCCAAAGGCUCGAAGCGCGGUACAAAGUCUAGUAUAUUAAAAGAGAAAUGAAACAACCUAUAAUAUACCACAUUGAAAUGCAAAAUUGCAAAAACUAUAUACGAGAAUAGCCAUUCUAAGUCUUUCAUACCUAGCAACCAUAAAUAACACAGGCCAAUACACAUCCACAACUUAAUAUCUGGAUAGACAACAUCAUCCCAGCAGGUGUUAGCGAAAUAGUUAUGUCUUCAGAUCUGUUUUGAAAGACUCCAGUGACUGGCUGUUUCUAAGAGUAACAGGAAGAGUGUUCCAAAUUGUUGGGCCAGCAAAUGCGAAAGAACGCCCCCGUAAGUCUCAAGGCCAACAUGUGGUAUCGAGAGUUUUGCCACUACCAGAUGAGCGAAGUGGUCUAGUAGGUACAUAGGGCGUCGGCAGCUCUUUGAGAUAGGAUGGUGCCAGGUCAUGCAAGCAGCGGUAGCACAGGGUUGCAAUUUUGUACUCUAUGCGAGCGCGGACCGGCAGCCAAUGCAACUCUCUCGGAAGUGUUUUAGUUACUGUUUAUAAUUUUGUUUCAAAUAUUAAUGAAUAACUUUUUCUGUUGCUUUUGUUUUGUUCAGAUGCUGAUAUCAACCACCCAACUUAGCCAAGGCAGGAGUAGUCUUGACCACAUGGAAAUGGCCUAUGCCAGGCAGGUUAGACAGCAGAUUAUUUCCAUAUGUGGAUUAAAGAUAGGAAUGAUAAAGUUGAUAGCAUCUGCUCUGUGUAUUUGUACUUGUGAAUUUUGUUUGACAUUGAAGGCUAUCCACAUGAUAUUUUGUCAGGUUCUUGUGUACAAUGAGAGUGUCAUUGAGAAUGAGAUUCGUCCCAGUCUGGUUGAUAUGUUUGUAGAGGUGGCCAAUCAUUUUGGAGAUCAGGUAAGUUGCUUAGUAGUGUGAUCAAUUCUUUCCCAAAUUGUUAUUCUGAUAAUUUUAGAUGCUCCUGGUUGUCUUUCAUUUUGUAUGCCAUAUCCCUUAUUGUUACUCUACCAAUUUAGUUUUUGGGAGUUAUUCUCCUAAUAGUAUUUCAUCUGUAUGCCAUAUCCCCUUACUGUAAUUCUGCCAAUAUAGUCAUUGGGAGUUAUUCUCCUAAAAGAUUUCAUUUUAUAUGCCAUAUCCCUUAUUGUUAUCUGCUAAUAUAGUUGCAUUGAGUUAUUCUCCUAAUAGUCUUUCAUUUUGUAUGCCAUAUCCCUUGUUGUUCGUUAAUGUAUUCACUGGGCGUUAUUCCCCUAAUGGCCUUUUAUUUUGUAUUUCAUAUCCCUUGUACUUCUCUUUCUUCUUAUCCUAUAACCCCAGUGAGAGAGUGUUAUGAAUCAUAUCAGAUCAUUCCAAUACUUCUCUCCAUUUACCUGUUGUCUGGUAGAAGCUCACUGUCAUAUUUUGUUGGCUGUUAGUUUUUCUCCUGGCUCUUCAUUCCUAGUUCUGUUUAACUCCAGCCCAUCAUAACUUUUUUCAGCACAGCCUUCUGUUAUGACCUUGCCAUGAACUGUAUUUUUAACUAUUAAUUUGGAUAUUUUACACCCUUGGUGUCAAUGCUGGCCCCUUCAUCUUUCUUUGACAUUACCUUAUAGUAAAAACAAUUGCAGAACAGGAGGUCCAAGAUCAAUACUUAUAACAUAGCAUGCUCCAGAAUCUCUGUGUUGAGUCUUUUGGAGUCCAAUCAUUGAUGUGUUUCAUGUCUCACUACCAACAAGGAGUUUACAGAACACCCAUACCUGAUAGUUAAGUCCUCACAUUGAGGUGUUCCAUGUCUCACAUACCGGUUGCUAAGAGACACACUGUUUAGUUCUCACCCUUAGUUCCAAACUCUCUUGUUCAUUCUGUUGAUCCUGCUGUUUUAAUGCCACAACAAUUAAUAUUUGUUUGGGGUGCCCACUUCAUAAAUUUCUGGCCAGUGUUUGUUAAACUCUGGUCGCCUAUGGAGACAUUUACAAAAUAACACCUUACAACUUGAUGACCAGUUGUCACAAAAUUUCAACAGAACUCUAACACUAUUGAAAGCAAAAAUACAUAACGGGCCUUUGUAUGAUGUGCUAAUGACUUUUAAUUCAUUGGACAAUUUACCUUCUCAUGUCUUUUAACUUAAUUUUACAACUUGAAUAGAUCAUGCAUUUUCAGAUUAAAAAAUUAGUACUCACAUUCCAAAAAAAAAAUUUAAUAUUUUUUUGUAGUAAUGCAAUGUGGUUUGUUAUAAGUAAUGAGAUGUCGGUAUGUUUUGGAAUGUUUUUUGAUAGCUUGUUCAUGAAAUUGUGUAGGGUGGAAGAAUCACAUUUUAGGCUAUGGGAAAUGCCUGGCGUGGGAAUUACGGGAAAUCCAAGAAAAGUGUUUGGGAUGUAAAAAGUUUAAUGAGAUGGUGCAUGUUGUUUGUGCUCCUCUGGAAUUCACUGAGACACAACUUACACAUCAUUAGUCAGACUAUGGACACACCAAGGUGUAGCCCUGCCCAGGGACCUGCUACUUCAUGCCCAAUAAGACACAUGUCUGCUCUAACAAUAGGGUAAUCGCCCUUGAUGUUGAUUUUCCCAGCCUGCUCUCAAAGAUCCUUAUGUUGCCAACUUGGUGCCUCUGCUAGUAAAUUUUAAUUCAACAUUUCUUAAUUUAGUUUUUUUAGGGGGUAAUUGAUAGGAAGUAACAAAAUACAGGCCAGAGUCUCACUAAAUCACUUGUUUUGUCUCAGAAUGUUAUAGAUCUCUGGCAGCUUGUUCAGUGUAUGACAGAAAUACCACCUGGCCAGAUUUUUGGCAGUCAGCCAUCUGCAAUAAGAUCCAACCUCCAAAUCCAGUCACAUUUUGUAGCUAAAGCACUGCAGUACUUGCAGCAAAAGUAUGUUUUUAUUUUGUUGUUGAUGAACAAAUAUCCUCAUUAAUUGACUGAUUUAUUCUCUUUUGUAACUUAUAUAAAACUUGAAACUAGAUUUCUAUAUUGUCCACACUUGAAAUGACAGAAAUCCAAAAAGGGUUUACUUUUUAAAAAUAGUUUUUAAAGUAAAAAUACAGAGUAAGAUGGAGAACAAAACCUAUAGAAGAAACAGUUCAAAUUUUAUUGUUAUUUAAUUUUGCAAUAUAAUAUACAAAAGCACCAAAAAAAAGAAUUUAACAAAUACAACCAUUAGGUUUUUAUAAUAUUUUUUUUUUUUGUGAAGCAUGCGAAAAUGGCAGUUUGUAUGGUUAAAUUUAGACAGGUGAACAUUUUAUUAAGAAUUAUUCAAAUCCAAAUUUUUAAUCCUUUAUUUUAUAUUUAAAUGCUCGUAUUUAAUACAAAUACAUUUAAUACAUUCAUUAUAGAAACAAAUUUAAAUAAUUUGCGUUUUAGAUUGUUGAAAUUUUAAUAAAAAUAAAAUAAAUAAAAAAUUAAAUAAUAAUAAAGCUAGAGCUUAAACAAAAUCAGGCCUAAACAAAUACAAACAGCCUAAGAGUCUUCUACGCUUAGGGGAUGUUCUAACAAUACAUGAGUUAAUCAAGCUUAAACUAAUACAACCUGAGUGUAAGAGUCUUCUAAGCUUAGGGAAUGUUCUAACAAUACAUUGAUUAAAUCUGGCCUAAAAAAAUCAAUCACAUUCUAAGACUCUUUUAAGCUUAGGAAUGUUCUAACAAUAAAAAAUUAUUUUUAUUUAAAAUGUUAAUAACGUUUUAAGCAUUUAAUAACAGUUACAGUCUGACGCUCAUUCUUUUCAUAUCAGUAACAUCUGGGCCUUGAAGUAGGCUCAUGUACUACUAUUAAUAGACAUACACACAAAGACUACAAUCUAUAUUAAGUUUCGUAAAUGUGUAGGAAAAUUAGCAAAAAUCUCUCUUCCGGCUAGGAAAGCUGUCAGCUUAUUUAUAGGGAGAAAGUUGGAACCCUCCAGAAAAGAAAUUCUAGAAAUUGCUUGGCCAAUAGAAUUUUUUUGAACAAAUAAACCAUUAACAGCCUUUUUCCAAGCAAGGGAGUGGUGUUUUUUGGUAUAGCACUACACAUUUAAUCAGUGAUAUUAGAAUCAAAACAAAAAUAAGGGGGUGACAAAAGUAAAAUUAGGUCAACACACAUGCUAUAACAUCAGGCUCACCACCUGCCAAAAGAAUAUCUGCUUUACUUGGCCAACACUUUGAUUGUACUGGCUAUUAACCUUAAGCUGGUGAUAACUCAGCCAGGCAGGCAAUGUUGCCAUUUCACCACUAGGCCUGAAAUUUAGUCUCAUAUAAAUCCUAAUUGAUUGCAUUGAAUUAAACAGUUACGUUUUAAGUGCUGGAAGUCUCAUCCUACAAUUAUUGUAGGUUAGCUGUACAUGUAAUAAUUAGUUAUUUAGAAUUUAUUGGUGGGGCGGGGGAUUAUUUCUAACCUAUACUUACUGUUUAUUGGUUUUGAUUUUAAUCUUAUAAUAGAUUUUUAGGGGUGUGUUGGAUAUCUUUUAACUUUUUAUAAAGUGUUAAAAGCAAGCAGAAUUCACAUUACUUAUCAACUGCUUGAUAGCCAUGGCAACUGCAUGAUUACCCAAUUACUACUUCAUCUCCUAUUGCUUGCACUGAAAUGUAUGAUUUCUUCAGAAUUAUGACCACCUUGUACACUUUCAGUUACAUUCGUUACCUUGAGACCACUGUAAGCUCCAACCUGAGACAGGCACAGCUAGGUGGCAUCCCUGGGACGUUCAGCUUGGUUCUGAGUUAUCUUAAAGUGAAGCCUCCCAUCACCACCCGCUCCUCUGAGGUAUGCUUAAAGAUUUGUGUUGGUGGCUGUGUGGGGCCCCACGUUACAUUAAUAGUUAAAGUGUGUUUUACCUAGAGAACACAGGUUGUUAUAUUUUCUUUGUUUGCACCUAGUGGUGAAGAAGCUUUUCACACAGUCUUUCAAUUUAUGUCUGUCCCUGUUUAUAUUAUAAUAAGCUCAUUCCUCUUCUAUCCAUUUCACUCACUGUAGAGGUCCAUGGGCUUCCUCUCAUUUUAUUUCUCACUGUCGAAGUCCCUGGUCUUUCCUUUGUUUUAUUUCUCACUGUCAAGGUCCACUGUCUUCCCCUCGUUUUAUUGAAUCAGACCUGUUUACUCUUACGAUUUUGGCUUACAAUGUACCAUUUUGAGAUGUCUUUUACGAUUGUACGCCGAGACCCGUCACAACUGUGAUUUUAAGGGACAGGGUUGAUAAUAUAUACAUUAUGGUAGUUUUUUCUUAUUAAAAAUUAAUUGAAAAGUACAUUUUCGGUUAUUAGUUUUAACUUGCAUUUGCAUUCUACAUCCAGCAGUGAAUGGAUCGAGAAAUACGAUGUGUUGUUGGUUUAGAAGAUUUUGUGUUAGUGGGUGGGGUCUAAAUAUGUAAGUAUCUAAAAUUAACACCGUUACAUUUUCGUAUGAUAGUGUGUGGGGAGGGGGUUGUCUCGGCAGUAAGUACGUAAGAUAUUCAAAAAUUCUCCAAUAUUCAUCCUGAAAGUCCAAACAUAGCAUACUUAUGGCAAUGUUUUGUAGGAAUUAUUGCCUAGUAUUUUCACAAAUGAAUUCGCUAGAUACACUCAAAUACUCUGUAGUAGAGGUAUUACAGUAAUAUUUAGUCCACUGUCUUCGACUGCUUGUGACUUAUAUUUUGUUGGACUAAGCCAGUGGUUCUAAACUUUUUGCUUCCUGGUGCCUAUGCCAAAUUUAUGGGUUCACCUGACUCUUUGUGUUAAAUUCUAACAAGUGCACUUCGAAAUAGCGCAUACAUAAACAAAUUAAAUAAAGGGUUGGGUAGAAAUAAAUAAAACACCUAUGUAGGUCACUAAGCUGUAACUUCAAACUUCAAUUACUCAAGUGGGUUACUGUUCGCACCAUGACCGAAAGAUGUCACAUUGGAUUAAAAGUGGAAAUAAACUAAUGAAAAUUGUGUAAUAUUUUGCAACAUUACUGUGAGGAAGCCACAGCAACUCAUUUGGAAAAAUGUGCACCCCCAAGGGCGGACUAGUAAAGGGAAUAUUUUUAGCACCCCUUGUCUUUGUGAAGUAAAUGGGAUUUAAUAGUUAAAUUCACUAUUAAGGUCAUUUCUAAAGACGAGUUUGGUGCCCCCUGAUUUUGGCACCUGUUGCUCCUAGUCUCAUGGCCAUGCCAGUGCUGUAUGACACAAUUUUAUGACCAUUAUUUCUUACGGCUGGCGAGUGCAGAAACGGAAAAAACUAGAGAAUGCAUUCUCAACUAUUUCGCGCAGCAAUUUUAGAUUUCGACAUGUUAUAGGAUCUGAGGGGGCCUUGAAAUCUAUUUUAGAUCACGCUAAACAGCUGUAUGAUUUUUUAAUGCCCCCUCUUCAUUUCCCCAAUUACAACUUGUUGUGGUUAUGAGACUGUAAUGUUUUAACAGGAAAUACGCAUAAUGGAUAUUGAUUCUUAUUUAUUUAUUUUUUAAAACAUAUUCCUGAAAAAUAAAUCUCAAUUUACUUGGUAGUUUUUUUUUCCAUUGACACCCUAAUUUAUUAAUUAUUUCUUAUCUUAAUAAAUUUGAUUUUAUGCUGAUCUGACUUCGAGUUUGAACAACAUUAAAUUUCACCAGUAACUUUAUUGACAGACUUGAUAAUGUGACCUGCACAUUCACCUAGUUAUUAAUUAAUAUUUAUAGCUAAUACACGUCUGCAAAACAAAGUGACAUCAUAUUGCAAUAUAAACGUCAGUGAUCUACUUUUAGAAGUUACCUUUUUUGACAUCAGCUUAAUUUAACUCAAUUCCACUAGACAAGCGAUGCAAGUAGUUAUCAGCUAUUGUAUACAUUAUAUUUACGGUAUGUUUAUUUAUAUAUUAUUAAGGUACUGUAUUGUACGCUUUUGAGACGAUAUAGUACAAUUUUUGGAGUUCGAGGGUUAACAGGUCUGUUCAAUCCAUUUUUUUCCUCUCUUCACCUCCUGCUCAACAGCAUCACAUUCUUGGCUGUGCCAAAUGAUUUCUUUUAAGAUAUUUAGUUUUAGAUUCUUACACAAACAUUGAUGAAAACCAUUAAUCUCUUGAAAAUGAGUCAGGUAGUUUUCCAUAGAUACAGAUACCUAAGAUCACCUCAAUCAGGGCAAAUUCUUUCUCAUAAAGUGAGAACCGAAAGAUAUCAAAAUUCUUUUGCUCCCCAGUUUGUACAAAUUUGCCAGCGUGCAUCCCCAGCAGUUACCAAAUGUAAAUGAUCACUGAUUAAGUCAUUAUUAUCUCUAAAAGAGUUAAUUUAUCAUUGAUUUCUACGCUAGAUGAAAUACUUUAGAUGUCUUGUGUUUAAAUUGUUUUAACUGUAAAAUAUUUUCUUGGUUAAGAAUAUGUAUUUAUUUAUGUGCUGGAAACAUUUCCACCUAUAGGAGCAAAAUGUAAUGAAAUAAUGAUAAAAACUAAGCUGGCUUUGUAAUAGUUGAAACCAAGUUUGGGCGUAAAAAGUUUUCAUUGUCAAAUAGCUUAGUCAUUCCUGUACACAACAAUUUUUACAAUUCUUAGUGUAAUAUUUGUUACUCAUGGGGUCAAUUGUUUUGUUUUUUUUAAUUGACCAACAGGAUGGAGAACUUGAACAACAACCAGUCUGGACUCUUCUCUUUUACUGCCUGAGAUGUGGAGACCUUAAAGCUGCUAUGCAUGUUAUAGAGCGAGCUGGGUAUGUUGUCUUACAAGCUCUUCACUUUUUAAACCAGUAGGCUUAUGAAAGUAAUGUAGAAAAAAAUGUAAAGAGGUCAAAUUUAAUAUUAAAAUUCUACCAGCUUAUUCAUUAUACAAAAUUAAACUUUUUGUUUUUAUAUCGUAUUUAACCGAAAGGAGAUGAAAUCAUUAUCAAAUUUCAACAACAAAAAAUCUCUAACAUCUUCAUUUAACUAACUCAAUUCAUUGUAAUGGGUUCUAACCAAUUUUAACCAAUUUCAUCGUGUUAUGUUAUCUUUGAAUUGCCCUUGUUCAGUAACUUUCAACUUUUUUUUUUUUUUUAUCUCAUUAGAAAUAAUUAAUUAAAUUCUGCUGCACAUGAUUUGAGCUUUAAAAAAAUACAAGCUUUUUUCUGUGAGAAAGAUUUUCCCAGGAAAUUAAAAUAAGAUAGUAUUUUGUCCAUCUCAUUUUUCUUAGAUUUUAAAAAUGUAUGUGAGUGUCUCAGGACACACCUGUUAACUUAGCAACACAAGGGAAGAAAACAGUUGCUCUGGGUUUUGGUUGAACUUCAUUGUUGCACAUUGUACACAACUUAAAGAACAUGACUCUAUGCACACAACUCUAUGUAUGUGACUCUAUGCACACAACUCUAUGCAUGUGACACUAUGCACACAACUCUAUGUAUGUGACUCUAUGAACACAACUCUAUGUAUGUGACUCUAUGCACACAACUCUAUGUAUGUGACUCUAUGCACACAACUCUAUGCAUGUGACUCUAUGCACACAACUCUAUGUAUGUGACUCUAUGCACACAACUCUAUGUAUGUGACUCUAUGCACACAACUCUAUGUAUGUGACUCUAUGCACACAACUCUAUGUAUGUGACUCUAUGCACACAACUCUAUGCAUGUGACUCUAUGCACACAACUCUAUGCAUGUGACUCUAUACACACAACUCUAUGUAUGUGACUCUAUUUUAUGUGACUCCAUGCAUUUGCCCACAGUAACCAGCUGGGAGAAUUCCCUACAUUCUUCAAAGAGUACGUGAACUCACCUGACCAUAAACUGGGGCCUGGAAAUGACUCAAAAAUAAAGCUUCACUACAGAAGAGUGGUCAAAAAUUGUUCUGACCCUUACAAGCGGUAAGUUAACCCAAAAAAAACAACAACAAAAAACAUGGGUCAACCAAAAACCUGUGUUUAUUUUAAAGACCCUGGUCAUUUUUUUAGUAAUUUUUUAGCCUUGUCAAAUCCAUCAUCACAGCAUGAAUUAUUAGAAUUACAAUGUGCUUAAGUUUCUACUGGUUUAGAACCUGCCUUGGAAAACUGACUUAGUAAUAAAAAAAAAUGUUUUAUCAUAUCUUUUAAUAAAAAUGAUAUAAAUUUUUACCUAGUGAUAUUCUAGCGACCUGGCAUUGAUAAAUGAGCGUACUCUGUUACCUUGCAGUGCAGUGUUCUGUGUUGUUGGGCGGUGUGACUGGACUGAGGACCAUGCAGAGAUCCUAGACAAAAUUGAUGACUACCUGUGGAUGAAGCUAUCACACGUCCAGGAUCAGGUGUCUGGAGAUAGCAGCCAGGACCACCUGACACUAACUCGUUUGCAGAGGAUACUUUAUGAAGAAUAUGGUAAGCUUUAUUUAAAACUUACUGUUGCAAAACUGACCUGGUUUACAUCCAUUCAGAGCAAAGUCCUUACCUGGUGCACUUCACUUUAGUACCCAGCCCUUUACUGCUGCACUUUCCUUCAGUACCAAGGUCUAACCAUGUGUACUUUUCCUCAGCACCAAGGCGGACCUGUUUACCCCUACACUUUCGCCAUAGUAACUACAUUUUUAAGCCUAAGACUACGGCACUACGACGAGCCUUAAAAAAAACUACAGUUUCAGGAGUUUUUUUGUAUGUUUGGUUCAAUUUUAAUUUUUUUAAAUAAUCCUGGAGUGCUGAAAACUACACUAACCCAGGGGUAAACAGGUCUGUCUGCCAAAACCUUACCUGUGGCACUAAAAAUUGGACAAUUGGCUAAAGGGGGAAAAUGUACACUUACUCUGAUUUUCUAGACUACCAACUGAUUAAAGUCUGAUUAAUUGCUGCUUUAAACUUCAUUUAAAGAUUACUUAUGGAUAAUAUAUUUCUGAGAAUACAUUAGUUGUGAAUUUCACCUCAAUCAACCAUUUUGUGUACACCCUUUUCCCAGGUGAAGCCCAUUUUAAUGGAUACCAGCAGCCAUUUCUCUACUUUCAAGUUCUCUUCCUCACGUGUCAGUUUGAGGCGGCCAUAGAGUUCCUUAGUCGGAUUGAACGCCUUCGUUACCAUGCCGUGCACAUCGCCCUGGUCUUGUAUGAGAUGAGGCUGCUGGUGACCCCCUCCAGCUGCCAAGCACAACUUUGUAAGUGUUCACUGGCCCAUGUCAAAGAAAUGAGUUUUUCACAGAAUUUUAAAAAUCCUAGCAGUUGAUAUAAUCAAAUUAUCUUCCAUCUCUGCAAAAUAUUUUUAUCCCUGAUCAGUAUCGAUUCAGUUAAAUCUUGCCUGCCUCUUGAACUUGACAUAGCAGGUUUGAAUUUUAUCCAGGAUUGUCCCUAGCUAUAAGGGAAAAGGCGGGUGAAAUGAGCUUGUAAUUGUAAGACAUUCAGACAAGUUAUUUUUGGGGAGAAGGGAAACCCUGGAUAAAACCCUGAACCAAUAAAGUCAGAUGAUAGAUAAGGAACUUGGCCUUUGAAUAGCUGUAGUCUUUUGUCACAGUUAAACUGCCCAGGAAUAAAACCAGAGUGUAGAAAAAAAUUUAAAUCUUGUAUUUAUUCAGUAAGUCAAGACUCGUCCGACUCAUCAGGCUUAAGAAAGCUGAACAUAGCCAGACUGAUAAUGAUGUACACACGAAAAUUUGAAGCGACCGAUGCCAGGGAGGCACUACAAUAUUUUUAUUUCCUUAGGUGAGCUACAGAACUCUAUACUUAAGAAAAUUCAUUUAUAUUUUAAAAAAUGGGUGUAUAAAUUAUGUCAAUUUGGUUUGAUUAAAAUUGCUCUUAAAAUCUAACAAUUUAUUAUUUUCAUCUACAAGUUCACAAUUGUCUGUUUUGAUUAUAAAUUUCCAAACGUGUUUUUUUUUUUAAUCAGAAAUUUGAAAACGCCAAAUGGAGAAGAUCUUUUCAUGUCCUGUGUCAGUGAAUUGGUCCUAGAGACUAAAGAGGUAAAUUUGUCUUGUGAACUUGAAAGAAAUAUUUAGGAUCUAAAGUUUUUUUUUAAGUGCUUCGCAUUGCAGUUAUUGAUUGAUUUAGGUAACCCUUAUUGAUUGAAAUGCUCUUUCAACAAGUUUAUUUGUAUUCAUUUAUGCAUGAUACUUUUUAAAUGAUGUCCAUAUAAAUCAAAUAAAAAUAAUUACAAAACAUUAUUAUGGUUUUUUGGGACUCCUGGCAUAAAAAAAAAAUUAAUUUUUGGAAUUUUUUUAAAAUGUAAUAUCCAUUUUUAAUUGCCAUUUAGUCAUGCUAGAUAACUACGAUAUUUCAUUUUGAGUUAGGAUUUCUCAUAGAAUUAUAUACUGGGUACAAAUAAUAUGGUUGUGGAUUACUAUUCUUCUUUUAUUAUCUGAUCAUUUAUUUUCUGCUUAUUUCUUGCUUUUGUAAGUUUGACAUGCUUCUUGGAAGACUGGAAAAAGAUGGUUCAAGAAAGGUAAGUCUAUGCUAAGUUGAAAUUAACUCCAUGUAACAAAAUGUAUACAUUUUUUAACUUUAUAAAUAAGUCUCAUACAUGACAAACCGUGCUACUUUAAAAAUCUAGCUGCUGCUCAAAAAGAGAUCAGUCUAACCUACCGUACCCAGCCCAAUUAAUUAUUUCUUCUAUUAUUUCUGUCACAGCCAGGAGCUAUUGACAGGUUCAACCAAGAUACACAGAAGAUUAUUGAAAUGGUGGCCAAAGACACAGAGUCUAAAGGUCUCUUCGAAGAUGCAGUUCGGCUUUAUGAUUUGGCUAAGGUAAGAUUGAGUUUGAACAUGGGUGAAUCUUGAUUAUUUUUUUAAAAACCAUUAAUCGUUUUAAAUUGAUUGUUUCCCAAAGCCAAAUUUUUUUUAAUGUAACUAUUUUAUUAAAUGAUAUCUUAAUAUGAAUACAGAACCAUGAAAAGGCCCUGUGUCUGAUUAACAAACUACUGAGUCAGGUUGUAGCCACCGCACCAUCGCCACAGUCCACAAGGAACCGACUGUCAACUCUUGCAGUCAACAUGGCUGAAAGGUAAGGGUGUCAUCUACUAUUACAGGCAACAUGUCAUUACACAUUCUUCAAAGCAGCGUGUAUCUUUAGACUUAACACUAUUUACAGAGGAUGAAGAAGAAGAAACUAACUUACAGCAGUCUAUUAGAUAUAGUUUAUUAAAUUAUAGUUCGAACACUAUUUCUUAUGUUCCCUUACAGGGACCUUACAGUUCAUGAUUCAUGCUUAAAUCAACAGUUUUUGCGUGCCAGAUUUAGUUUAUUUAAAUUACAUACACACUAAUACUUACCAUUGCAGUACAUAUGUCUUUAAUGUUUAAUAGUCCUACUUGAUUAAUUGCAUUAUGAGGAGGUUCACCCAAACUCUAUUUACUUCUAAUCUAUUCUCAGAUACACCACUUUGGGGCAUGAGGCCACCCAGAUGACAACUAAGACAUUCUUUCUUCUUCUUGACCUCAUCACAUUCUUUGAUUACUGUCACGCUGGGGAAGUGGCAAAGGCCUUAGAAGUAAGAUUUAAAACAUCAAUGAUCUUCUAUUUGGCUCUGAUUUUUUUCCCCACAGUGAUUCAACACAAGUCCACAUAACAUAGCAACAAGAAAAACAAAAUCAUGAAUGCUCUCCCCCUUCUCUGUGCCCACAUGCUAUCUUCCUUCUUAAAUGGAUAAAAUUAAAAUUCAUAUUUCAAAGAGUAUCUUACACUGCUGAUUGAAGUUUUGUCAAAAAUGAACGGAUGAGAAGAAUUAAUCAGUUAAUUAUGCUUAUUAAAUUUAGUGACGUGAACUCAUCUCUCAGCUGACAACGUUAUUGUGUUUAUUGUCUUCUAACUCCCUGAAAGCCCUGGGUUUAAAUAUCAAUGAAAAGUAUUCAUAAAUUUUAUUUUAUUUAUUUAUCUAUUACCGUAAACGAAGAAAACACAUUUUAUAACUCCUUAAUGCAGGGGUGUCAAACUCGAUCCCUGGGCGGGCCAAAACUCAAAUCACAUGUAAGGUUGCGGGUCAAACAGGCUAAACAUUCAAUAAGCGGAAAAUUAAUCUUUUUUUAAUAAAUAACAUUUAUAUAAAUGAAAACAGAAAAAAAUUUAAUGAUUAAAAAUAAUUGGCAUACCCAUUUUGGCUCUUAUGCCAAUUUGUCAGAGCUGGAAGUUUGGCACAUUUUCUUGGCUACAAAAACAAGUAAGUUCGUUUAUGUUGGGGGUAACGUUCUGUGUCAUUGAGAUUCUCAUGAUGGACUGCAAGUUUUCAUCAGUGAGACGACUCCUGUGUGAUGUUUUGUUAAUCUUCAUCCCAGAAAACAGCUUCUCACACAUAUGUGUGCUACCCAACAUGCUCAAGGUUCGAGCCACAUGUAGACCAAGCUGGGGCUUAGAAUGAAACGAGUGAACUGUGCAGGCCCAACUGUGUCGUAUUUUGCCUUUAGUGUCCCAUUACACUGCAGCUUCAUUAGCUCCAUCUGCAAAUUUACAGGUGCAGUUUAUGUGUCUAUGACAAAUGGGUUACGAAACUGCUCGAAAUUUCAUUUCUGUGCUACAAAGUCACUAAAGUGUCAUGCGAACUAGAAGCAAAGGGCGCUAAGAUUUCAGCAAAGUGUGCAUUUGGGAAACACCAUAGUGUUGACUUGGAUAUAAUUGUACGCCGGUCAAGAUCUCACGGGCCUGAUCUGAUGUGGCCCGCGGGCCUUGACUUUGACACAUGUAAUGUAGUGUUGUAAUGGAUGUAAAAAUUUUGUAUUAACUUGUAAUUAUAAAUGCAUUAAAAUUAAGUAUCAAACUCAAAUGCAGUAAAAAUCACAUUUAUUGCAGGUAAUGCAGGGUAUAAAAAUUUUACCAUUUGCCACAGAAGAGGUGGACCACAGAGUCACCAACUUUAAACACUACUCAGAUGAAGUAAGUCAUGAUUCCUUAUCAAACAAUAAUUCAGUGAAGUAACUCAUGGUUCCUUAUUAAAAAACUUCAGAUAAAGUAAGUUAUGGUUCAUUAUCAAACACUACUCAGGUGAAGUAGGUCAUUAUUCGUUAUCUAAAUAUUUAUUUAUUGUCUAAUCUCCAGAUCAGACGAUGUCUUCCAGAUAUCUUGUUGGCAACUAUGAACAUUCUACUCAGUCAGUACAAUAGCAUCAGGUUAGUUCCUCCAAUCAGUACAAUAGCAUAAGGUUAGUUCCUCCAGUCAGUACAAUAGCAUCAGGUUAGUUCCUCCAGUCAGUACAAUAGCAUCAGGUUAGUUCCUUCUGUCACUACAAUAGCAUCAGGUUAGUUCCUUCUGUCACUACAAUAGCAUCAGGUUAGUUCCUCCAGACAAUACAAUAACAUAGGCUUGUUCCUCUAGACAGGUCUUGAAAUCUCAUAUUUUAAAAAAAGUUUGAAUAGAUCUGCUUGAUUGGUGAAAUGGUGCACGUGGAGAGAGAGGAGGUACAUGAAAUUAACUUUUGCUACAUAAACCGAACACUUUGUUUUUAGGUGUGAAAAAAAACUGAUGGUUUUUUGGGGGGUUUUUUUUUUUGUUGCUUACCAUUGACAUUUUUAUUAAGCUUUAGUUUUUAAAAAUGUCAAAUAUGUCUAUACUAGGAACACAAGCUCACAGAGUCCUCUAAGAAGAAGAGGUGCAGAAAAUGGAGGCAAAGAUACAGUAAGAUAUUAGUUUAUUAGGGAGUGGAAUAUAUAUAGGGUAGCAUUUGGGAGAUCAUGGGAGGGGGAUACUGUGGGGUAGUAGGUGGUGAAACUAGGGAGAGGAAAGUAAGGGGUAGCAUUUGAGGGGUUCUAGGGAGGGGAUACUGUGGGGUAGUAGGUGGGGAAACUAGGGAGAGGAAAGUAGGGGGUAGCAUUUGAGAGGUCCUAGGGAGGGGUUACUGUGGGGUUGUAGGUGGGGAAACUAGGGAGAGGAAAGCAGGGGGUAGCAUUUGAGAGGUCCUAGGGAGGGGAUACUGUGGGGUAGUAGGUGGGGAAAGUAGGGGGUAGCAUUUGAGGAGUCCUAGGGAGGGGAUACUGUGGGGUUGUAGGUGGGGAAAGUAGGGGGUAGCAUUUGAGGAGUCCUAGGGAGGGGAUACUGUGGGGUUGUAGGUGGGGAAAGUAGGGGGUAGCAUUUGAGGAGUCCUAGGGAGGGGAUACUGAAGUGUUGAGGGUCUUUCAAGACAGAAACUCGAGGACAACACAAACUAUUUUUGACUGAAUGUUAUUCACAUUUUUUUAAUGAUUUACAGUUGAUGGGCAAAGUAUGAUCCAGUAACUAUGAAAUUAGAAAAGUGAAGAGAAAUAUAUAAGAAACUUUUCAUAAUGUGUUCCUCAGUGUUAUAAAGAAAUCCUUCCUGUAAGCUGAUUUUUUAAUGAUGCUCACUAUUUUCAGCACUUGAACUACCUUCGCAGCCAGGCAAGGGCUCUCAUCAUGUUUGCAGGGAUGUUGCCGUACCGCCUACCGGGUGACACAAAUGCAAGACUUGUGCAGAUUGAUGUACUCAUGAGCUGAAAGGCAAAAUUAAUCAUAUAAAUGUAAAUAAAAUUAUCAAGUGCAUUUGAACGCUGGAAUGUGUUAAACAAUUAAAUAUACCAGUACCACGCUUGUUUUCAUAUUAAAAUUUGUUUAAAAAUUUAACAAACUACACUUCCUGUUUUGUUCUACAUAAAUUCCUGUUUCUAUGCAACAUCAAUCAGUUUUAGUCUUAAUGAUUGACACAAAGUGAUGCAAAUAUAAAAAAUAAUAUUGUAACUGUUCUGCUAAUAUAUAUUUCAUUAAUGAA